GGGCCAAUCAGGUUCAACCAAGAGGAGGGGACUACAGCGCUCAACUAGCAGUGAAACGGGCCGAGAGACCGCAAGCAGGGGGCGCCUACUCCUCGUCCCACAAGGGCCAAUCGUAAGCCAGAUACGAGCGAGUGACUGUCAAGAAGGCCAAUUAGAUCCUCCUUAGGGAAUCUGGACGGGCCUCUUCUCUGAGGGACGGCUCUACCUGCCAAUAGCAUGAGCGAGAAGGCGGUCUCUUUGCUAAGGAGGAGGCGGGUGAAGAGAAGCUGCCCUUCUUGUGGCCCGGAGCUUGGGGGUGAAGAGAAGAAGGGGAGAGGGAAUCCGAUUUCUGUCCAGUUGUUCCCCCCAGAGCUGGUGGAACAUAUCAUCUCAUUCCUCCCAGUCAGAGACCUUGUCGCCCUCGGCCAGACCUGCCGCUACUUCCACAAAGUGUGCGAUGCAGAGGGGGUGUGGAGACUCAUCUGUCGCAGGCUGAGUCUGCGCCUCCGAGAUCAGGGUUCCGGAGUCCGGCCCUGGAAGAGAGCUGCCAUUCUGAACUACACGAAGGGCCUGUAUUUCCAGGCAUUUGGAGGCCGCCGCCGAUGUCUCAGCAAGAGUGUAGCCCCCCUGCUAGCCCACGGCUACCGCCGCUUCUUGCCCACCAAGGACCACGUCUUCAUUCUUGACUAUGUGGGGACGCUCUUCUUCCUCAAAAAUGCCCUGGUCUCCUCCACCCUUGGCCAGAUGCAGUGGAAGCGGGCCUGUCGCUAUGUUGUGUUGUGUUGUGGAGCGAAGGAUUUUGCCUCAGACCCAAGGUGUGACACAGCUUACCGAAAAUACCUCUAUGUCUUGGCCACUCGGGAGCAGCAGGGAGUGGUGGGUACCACCAGCAGCCGGACCUGUGACUGCGUGGAGGUCUACUUGCAGUCUAGUGGGCAGCGGGUCUUCAAGAUGACAUUCCACCACUCCAUGAGCUUCAAGCAGAUCGUGUUGGUUGGUCAGGAGACCCAGCGGGCUCUAUUGCUCCUCACAGAGGAAGGAAAGAUCUACUCUUUGAUAGUGAAUGAGACCCAGCUGGACCAGCCACGCUCCUACACGGUUCAGCUGGCCCUGAGAAAGGUGUCCCACUGCCUGCCUCACCUGCGCGUGGCCUGUAUGACUUCCAACCAAAGCAGCACGCUCUACAUCACUGAACAGGGGGGAGUGUAUUUCGAGGUGCAUACCCCAGGGGUGUAUCGCGAUCUCUUUGGGACUCUUCAAGCCUUUGACCCCCUGGACCAGCAGAUGCCGCUUGCUCUCUCACUGCCUGCCAAGAUCCUGUUCUGUGCUCUUGGCUACAAUCACCUUGGCCUGGUGGAUGAAUUUGGCCGAAUCUUUAUGCAAGGAAAUAACAGAUACGGGCAGCUAGGAACAGGGGACAAAAUGGACCGAGGGGAACCCACACAGGUUCGUUACCUGCAGCGGCCCAUUGCCCUGUGGUGUGGCCUCAACCACUCCCUAGUGCUGAGCCAGAGCUCAGACUUCAGCAAGGAGCUGCUAGGCUGCGGCUGCGGAGCUGGGGGCCGCCUCCCCGGCUGGCCCAAGGGGAGUGCCUCCUUCGUCAAGCUCCAAGUCAAGGUCCCUUUGUGUGCCUGUGCCCUCUGCGCCACCAGGGACUGUCUCUACAUGCUAUCCAGCCAUGACAUUGAGGAGCACACCUCCUAUCGCGACCUGCCGGCCAGCAGGGUGAUGGGGACUCCUGAGCCCAGCCUAGGGGCUGGAGCACCCCAGGACCCUGGGGGAACGGCCCGGGCCUGCGAGGAGUACCUCAGCCAGAUCCACAGUUGCCACACGUGGCAGGACCGUAUGGAGAAGAUGAAGGAGAUCAUAGGGUGGAUGCCCCUGAUGGCCGCACAGAAGGACUUCUUCUGGGAGGCCCUGGACAUGCUGCAGCAGGAUGUGGGAGGUGGGGGUGGCGGCCCCCAGUCCCUGAGAGCUAAUCCCCCUCAUGCUAGCCCGACCCCUGGAGGGAGUCCGCCCCAGCCAGGGGCUAAGGAGCAAUGACCACUCUGCACAUGCAUAUGGGAUGGGGUUGCUAGGGGCUGGGGACCACUAGCCAGGGUAGGGCAGGGAAUUGUUUUGUAAAAUGUUCAGGGGGCUGUCCAGGAGGGGCCCCCAAUCUGACUAUCAUGGACAAGAAAUUUGAUGGAUACAAUAAAAGGCUGCAGCGAG